CUUGGACAGCCCGUAAGUUUCACUUCCGGUUUAUUUGCAGGCCGUACGAUCCGGGCCGAACUAGGAGAGAUACAGGCUGCUGAAGCAGGCCGGAAAUAUGCCCGCAAGGACAAGCGGCCGCUGGACCCUCCUCCUGUCGUCCUAUGCCAAGUCUGGGAGAUCCUGCGCUCCAAUAGCGGCCCUCCAGAAACUUACGAGCGGGAGCUUGCACCUCAAACAGUGGUGAGCAAUCCCCUUCUGUUCAUCAUAUUCACUUUCCCAUCUACCGACGCCACCCGAGAAGUAGCAAGAGCCGCGCCGCCAGAAGCCCUGUCGAUCCCGGUAGGCCUGAUGCGCCUUUUGCGUCUUCCAACUCAAUCGCCACCGCAUACGGCGCCCCAGCGUCCCGCCACAUGCAACCACAGCGCCAAUACGCAUGGUUUGCAAACCUUCGCGGGUGCUUAUGGACCUAGUAUGCCGUACCCUCAGCCUCUUGGGGGCCAUGGAUCAGAUUCGGACGUCAUAGCAUGGUUAGGACCUCAUCCAAUCCGGGAGAGCUCACGAUGCACGGAAAUGCUCGCUGGAGGGACGGUCGUCCAGGCAGAGGACGUCGACUUUGGGGGCCAGGAGGCUGUGGUGUUCGUGUUCCCCGAUCUUUCAGUGAGGUGCGAAGGCACAUUUGUGCUGCGCUACCGCACUGGAACCGUGUACUCGCAGGGAGGUACCCAACUCCAAAGCCCGAUCCUAGCGGAGUGCUUUGGCAGGCCGUUCAGAAUAUAUGCAACAAAGGAGUUUCCAGGCCUAAGCCCCUCGACCGAGCUCACCAAGGCACAUUGUCUUUCCAUAUGUGCGCACACUGAACUCACGUAUCCGGGUCUUUAG